CAAAUACAUAAAAACCAGUCCACCUGUAAAUCUUAUCCAGACUUUAUAAACUAGUGCUGCCCUACUGCUACUAUAAAUGCCUCUCAUCUCACCCUUCUUGUCCAUCAGUUAAUCAAAAUUUCAAUAUUUUUAACCUGAAGAGAAAGAGAGAGAAGCGAAAAUGGCGGAUAUUGCUAUUUUGGUAGCAGAGGAGUAUGAAAGGAGAGUCAAGAAUUCAAGAAAAGGUAGCGGUGCUGAUACAAAAAUAGAGGUCAAUUGGGUUUCUUCUAUUUCUGAAAGGGUCAAGAAUUUUAAGGUUGAGCAAGAAAAUCUUGAAAUUGUGAAAUGGUUUUUGGACCCUAAAACCCAAAUUGGCGUUGCUGCUUCUAAUGGUUUCUUCUCUGCUUAAUAUUGCUUUGAUUUUCAUAUAAUUUGUAUAUAUUUGUAUUAUCAUGUUCUAUUUCCUGUAAGAUUUUGAAUCAUACAUUGAAAUAUUAUCUUCUUUUGGAGUUUCCUUGAA